CCGUUCCAAGCAGCUAGCUGACUUUUAGCGGUCCGUCUGUUCGUUAGCACCGCCUGGCCAGUUGCUCCUGCGUAGCCAGCCAAGUAAGAUAGACCUAUCGCAAACAUGUCCGAAGCAAGCCGUAUGUUGAAUUUCUCAGCAGGACCCUCCGCGCUUCCCCUCCCUGUUUUAAAACAGGCUCAACAAGAAAUGCUAAAUUAUAAUGGAUCAGGCUGCUCCGUAAUGGAGCUCAGCCACAGAUCAACAACAUUCGACAGAAUCAUCAAGGAUGCUGAGAGGGAUCUUCGGGAACUCCUUUCUGUUCCUCCAACUUACAAGGUUCUCUUCAUGCAGGGCGGUGGUACGGGGCAAUUUGCCGCCAUUCCAUUAAAUCUAUGUCCCAAGCUCAACGAACAAAAGGCCGAUUAUCUAGUCACAGGCACGUGGAGUCGAAAAGCUGCCGAGGAGGCCAAACAAUACGUUCAAGUUAACCUGGUGACACCGAAGACGAGUAAAUACACCCGAGUUCCACCCGCCUCCGAAUGGAAUCUCUCGCCCGACGCCGCCUAUUUCUAUUAUUGCGAUAACGAGACGAUUCACGGCGUCGAGUUCCCUGAAGUGCCAGACGUAUCGUCGUGCCCGAUCGUUUGUGACAUGUCGUCCAAUAUUCUUACGCGCCCCGUUGACAUCUCCAAGUUUGGCGUCAUUUUUGCUGGCGCUCAGAAGAACCUUGGGCCCGCUGGAGUGACCAUCGUCAUCGUUCGCGAAGAUCUAGUUGCUGUCCCGGCAUCGGUCUGCCCAAGUAUAUUGGCUUACAAGGUGUUUGCUGAAAACGAUUCGCUUUAUCACACCCCUCCAACAUAUGCUAUCUACUUGCUUGGACUCGUGCUCAAGUGGAUCAAAUCGGAAGGCGGCGUAAGUGGCAUGCAGGCACGGAGUGCUGCGAAGAGCCAAGCUAUUUACGACCUCAUUGACCAAUCUGGUGGUUUUUAUGUGAGCAAUAUCGACAAGGCUUGCCGAUCGAGAACUAACAUUCCAUUCAGGAUUCGGUCAAACGACGCACUCGAAAAGAAAUUCCUAAAGGAAGCUGAAAACGCGGGCAUGAUUCAGCUAAAGGGACAUCGGUCCAUUGGAGGAAUUCGCGCAUCAGUUUUCAACGCUAUGGAUGUUGUUCAAGCCAUGAAGCUCAUAGAAUUUAUGAAGCGCUUUCAAAAAGCUAACCAAUAGUAGACGGCCGACUCAGUUGGCUGGCUCGAUGGAUAAUACCUGAUAAACCACGUUUAGCUAUUGGGAGCAUGAAUGCUUUGUUACUGACACGAGAAUCUAUAGCGAAAUACGAACCGAAAUGCCGAUUUAAUAUUCUAGAAUAAGGUUAAGAAGUAGCGAAAAUGCGUAUUUGCACUAUCAGUUGUCCUAACAUUGUGCAGUCCUAGGAUUAGAUCUUCAUUGGUGUAUAGGCCCACAUAGGGCUUCCACUACAAGGAGUUGCAUUUCGAAGAAGCUCAGACAACUGUGGAACGCCCUUUUUUUUUCAUUUGAGCGUGGUCAAUGGCUAAAGUAAGACUAAUUUAUUGCGAAAGGAAGCCAAUCUAAACCUUUGGUUAAGAUUGCAGUUGUGAAGAUGAUGGCUCAAAAAUCAUUUAUUGCCUGUGGUCAACAGGCAAAGUGUAUAUGUUCGGAAUUAGGAAGGUUCUUUAAAUCAAGCAGAUUUACCUGCAUCUAGGUCGAGCUUGACAUUGAUACCUGGCGCAAAUACUGGUAAAAUUUGACCCUAUAUAACUUUUAUUAUUGCGAAAACAACCUAUUUCUAAGGUGUGUUGUAACAUUGAGAUGACCUUAACGCGGGCGUCGAGGGACGUGGUUCACUUUGAACGAUGCUGACUUAUUGAUAUAAGUUCCCAGUCGCUGGCGUUUGACAGAGAAGGUACUGGCAAUUUAGGCAGGUACAGAAAAGACUGUGCAUUUAUAAUAUGUAAUUACAUAGCGCAGCUACUUUGUAAUACAACCAUUUACAUAUAUCAGAGUGCCAAUGUAUAUAUAUAUGCAUCUAUAUAUAUAUAUAUAUAUAUAUAUAUAUAUAUAUAUAUAUAUAUGCAGAAUAAAACAAUGCACACUAGUAAAAAAAAAUCCGUUGUCACUUUUGCAGUAAAAGUUGCUUGGGAUUAAAAAAGUUAUAUGAUAUAAGUUAGUUGAACAUAUCGUCCGUUUGACGAAAUGAUUAACAGUCGUGCCAGACGUAAAAUGCGACGCGUUUAGUUAGACAUAUUGUAUGAAGUGACUGUGACGUAUGUUAAUGAUUGGUCAAUUCUUAAUUACAAAACUAUAGUUCGUCUCCGUUCCAUUUGCAGAUACGAUUGCUGUUAACAAGAGCCAAUUGUCUAACAGGUUUGUGUCUACUUAACGACGCUUCUGAGCACACGUAAAUUUUUAUAUACUACAGUGCAGAGCUUAUUGAGGGGCCUUCCUUUUUUUGUUAUUUUGUGUGCCAUGGAUUCUAUUUUCAAGAGUCGAUAAUUUAUCAUAAAUAAGUGAAACAAGAACUUAAAAUAAGUUUAUAAUAAAAGUUGAAACCUCUCUUGAGAUCAGUCUCGAAUACUAAGAGCUUCCUAACGAUAGAAAUAAAAAAUUUUCGUUAAUCAAUGUACAUGCUACUUUGCGGAUUCGGUAUUUACAUUACUUACAAUUGGGUUGUCUCUUGCAGCAUAUUGCAUCAGCUAAAAAAGUACCAGUUACCGGCCAUUACUGCUGUAUCAUAUUUUCUCUAGUAAUGGAAUCAAGUUCUAUACGCCAUUUUCAAAAUUCAUAAUUAUAUAUAUUUUUCAUAGUUUUUUUUUAAAUGACGAUUAUUAGCUCAAUAAAAUGUAUGAUUAAGCUGUCUUGAUUACAUCAUAUAAUUUUUGCUGUUCGCAUCAUAUACAUUAUGGGGCACCCAUGUCCGGGUGUUUCCUUGUGAUUUGUUUUUGAGACCAUAUCCAAACAAAUCAAGACUGGUUUUCUAUAGCAUAUGCUAGAAAUGUCAUUCCUGAAGCUUAUAUAUAUAUAUAUAUAUAUAUAUUUAAAUACUAAACCACUACGCACUGCGAUUAGAGCUUCGAUUCGGGUCUUAAAUCACAUGUUGGUCGUUUGCAAAACAUACCUUCUCUAUUGUGCAAAUAACGUUUUCAUAUUAAUCAUAUGUUGAACAAGAUUGGUUAAUGUGAACUCGUUAAAGGGUCGCUUAAAGACGCUACAUACUAAAUAUUCUGGAAAAAAACUCAGUUGCAAGUUACUAGGAGACGAAAAAUCACAAAUACGCCACGAUUUUUCAAGGCUAAAAAGCUUAUAAGAAGUGAAAAAGCGGAACUUAUAUUCUUUUCUCCAAAAACAACCAAUAAUUUUUGGGUCAAAAACCUUAAUACAUCAAAGGUGGCUUAUUGGGCUGCUUUGAUCAAUUUUCUAGCUUUUUAAAUCUGAAGGAAGAUCUUCCGAUAUGUCUCAUGAAAGUCUUCCUCGGAUUUUUUAAAAUUGCAUCAAAAAUGGCAUUACUGCAGACUCUCGAUUUCGGGAAAAAAAAAGGAAAGCUCUUAAUAUUGAUAGGGGUUUGGCCGCUUAAAGAAAUAGCAUUAUAGCUAAAUGUUGAUAAAAUUCCAAAAAUAACGUACUGCUUUUCGCCAUGAUAAGUUUUUCAUGUUGCUCUAAAAAGAACUGGCUUUUUUCCCUGCUAUUACGUAUAGCGAACAAACGACCCGCCAAAGUUUGCACGAAAUUGAAAUGACCCUUUUUGUAUAUACACGUACACAGGCAAAUAGCCUGCAGCGUUGAAGCGACUUGACCGAUGAACUUCAAUAAUUUUUACACGGUAAACAAAACCAUUCGUAUUGUAUAAAAGUCGUAUAGAUCAAUACCUUAAACGGGGCAGUGGGGUGUUUAGAGCACUUAGAGUCGAUGUAAUUAUUUCUAAUAGGUUUUAGAGGAUUGAAUAUACAGAUUUUCUAGCAAGAGCGAACAUCUGGCCGACGGCUGACUCUACCAGAGAUUGUGUUAUCGUGCUAUUGGUCAUUUCUUUAGGAUUUAUCUGUUAGUUUUUUUUUUUUUCAUAAAUCGAUAUGAACAUCAAACAAACCAUGAUUGUAAGAGCACGACGAAACAUAAAGCAAAGGUUAGUUCUGUGAUACGCGGUUUCACCAUGCAGCUCGUAAUAUUCUAAAAUCUAUAAAAAUUUUUCGUAAAAAUAAAAUGUUAAAAUCAUAAAUACAAUAUCACGUUUUAAAACUAUACCGAUAUUUAUUGUCCUUCACGUUCCCCCAAAGACAAGUGACUGAAAUAUGUACGUAUGAUUCGCUCACACCCAUGCUAGAUCUUAUUACGUGCCCUUAUCAUCGGCAGUUAUCUAAUCAGGAUAAUCGGAUACCAGACGUUGAUUGUGCGCAACUGGGCCAUCCACCUGAUAGCAAUGAAAAUGCUCCGCUUCUUAUAAAAGCCAAAUAGACCCGCCAUCUUGUUAAGUUCGGCCGAAACCGGUUAUGCGAAGACUGCACAAAAAACAUGUGCAGCGAUAAUACUGCUUGCGCAUAUAUAUUUUUGAUUAAUCUAAAAUUGCUGUUUUCAGAUCACGUGUUAACAUACACCUAUAAACCAACGAUCAUCAACGUUCGUAAGAAUGCAAUCUCGAAAUGCUUCUCGUACUUAUUAUUAGAAACUGGAUGAAAACCAGACUCCAAAAAAUACUCGCAAACACCAGAAGCACAUCCCGCUCGCUUAUACUGUACGAUCAAACUGAAAAUUAAAUUCAAAAUUAGUUAAACAUUUUUUCACAUCAUUUGAUAUAAACUAUGCAUUUCGCAGCGACAGAGGUUCCUUUUGUUAACAAUACACGAAUUGUGAAUCAAUAAUUAUAAUUUAACAUCUGUAGGCUAUCAAUCGUGUAGGUAUUAUAUUGUAAACGUGUUUGAGACCUAUGAGGAUACACGUUAGGUAUCAGCUAGAGAUGCUAAGAGACACAUCGCAAAGAGGUGUGAUUUUGCAGCCAAGGAAGCAGUUUUGGGUCAAUAUUUUUCAAUUUGAUUGAAGUUUUAUGACAAAAUUAUACGGAGUGGACUCAUUCAGUAGUUCUAAAACAUUUUUAUUCACAUACUCUAAGUACUGCUUUUAAUUAGUGUAACUGCUAUUAUUACAAAUAAGUGUUUUUUUUUUCUUUCUAGAAAAACGUUUCAAAUGAGUUUCCUGAUAUUUAUUGAUCGUUUUUUCACUCCGCCUCCACUAAAGUCAUCCUGAAAAGCUCAUUAGAACAAUGUCGAUAAGCAGCCCAUAGCUAAUAUGCACUAAGGUACGAAUAAAAUAGACGCAAGCCACAGUAGCUUGUCGAUCACAUAAUCGACGUUGCUCACACAGUAACUGCUUCUUCACUGGCACAUAUAAUAGUGCGUUUAUAUACUUAUAUAAUAAAGUAUAUAAACGAGACAACUGAAGGUGUCGUAUAUUGAGGCGAAAUACGGUCCACGAACCCGCUACAAAUGUAUACUCAUCGUAUCGAACAAUUCGACUUUAAACGCAAAUGUCCGUCUAAUCAUUUUCAAACUUCCGGAUUUUUUUAUUGCCCAUUUACGAAUUUCCUAAGCCAUUUAUGUAGAAUAUUUUCAUAUGCAGACACCGGCUGCUUUUUUGUAAGAGCUAAAAACGAUUCGAGAAUUUUAGUUACGAUCUAGCACAUAAAUGCCUAGCGUUAAACAUGAACUUUCGAGUAGUUUAAAAUCGCACUACCGUAAUUAAGAAAGUGAGACGAUUCCACCUACUUAGAUCAAUUGCAGAAUACUUCAAUUGGUAGAGGCUUAGAUAUUAACAUUCAAUACACGUAACGCUAAAUCAAUAACAACACUAGUCUGGAUAUUCUGCAGUACUCUCUGGAUGGAUGACUUUUCCACUAUUACAGUAUUAUUUAUUAAGGAAGGAAGGCUCUAAAUUAGCCCAACUUUUCUGUAUUACGUUUCUGUUUAACAGCGCAGUCAUCAGCUGCAUAUGCUGCGAUUUCAUUAGUAUGAGUUUUUUCGGAAAAUAUCGUUACAUCAUCUGGGCGGAUCAACACUAAUUAUCAGUAUGUUUACGCGUGUCCUACCUAAUUCACCAACUGAUCAUGGAUAGGUUGAUGUGAGCCUGCAUUCUCUACUUUCAUUGCUAUUAGUAUUAAGAUUAUUACCAUAUUUAUUACACUAAUUUCAUUAUCCAUUCCAAUCUUUCUGUGGACAACGCAGGUACACAGAGUUUUCAGUUUUUUUUUAUCGCAGCAUGUACGCUAAUAACUGAAAUAAAAAAAAAAAAAAAAACUUUUAGAAAG